UUUAAGGAUCAGUGACAGUCAGUUUCGGUAACAGCCAGGCGGUGAAGACAGUGGAAACGCACGUCGCUUGAAAACGUUUUAAACAGCUUUAACGCUGUAUAAGUAGCCUUUUAAUUACACGUACACACACGGAGAUUGUCCAACCCAGCGGAGGAGUUUUAUAAUUUGUCCUUCGUAAAGGAAAAGAAAGGGAAUAGGGGGAUUUUGUUGUGUCCUCUGUCCUUCCUGUUCAACCCUUUGUUUUUCACUGCUGUGCUUGAGCAGGCGACCAGUAGCGCCCCCGCGCGAGCGAACAGAAAAGAGCUCGAGGAUAGGGAGCCAAACGAGCGGCCGAGCCGCUUGCCUCCCGAGCGACGUGGGCCCCCCCAGCUCAUUUGUCCGAUUCGGAGUGAGGAUGAGUCCCGCUCUGGAAGCCCUCAUGCAGGCCGACGGGACUCCAUAUCCCGGAAAAGGGGUGAUGCUUGAGCCAUUCGUACACCAGGUGGGAGGCCACUCUUGUGUGCUACGAUUUGGGGAACAAACAAUAUGCAAACCCCUCAUCCCCCGGGAGCACCAGUUCUACGAGAGCCUCCCUCCAGAGAUGAGGAAGUUCACACCUCAGUAUAAAGGCGUUGUGUCAGUCAGUUUUGAAGAGGAUGAGGAAGGGAACCUGUGCCUCAUCGCCUACCCACUCCACAGCGAAUCAGGGGACCUGGAAAACAAAGAUCCCUCAGCAGACUGUGAGCCCAAGAGCAAGAUGCUGAAGUGGAGCAACAAGAAACAGUCCUCGUCGCUUCUGGACAAUGACAAUUACAGCAAAGACAGAGCUCAACACAGCCGAAAAGAAGACAAGAUCGUGAGUUAUAAUCGUGAGGAGGCAGAGGUUCUCUUCUUCAGUAUGGAAAAAAGCAACGUGGUGCCGCAGAUCAAACACAACCCCUGGACUCUCAAAUGUCACCAGCAGCACUUGCAGAGGAUGAAAGAGAAUGCAAAGCAUCGUAACCAAUACAAAUUUAUUCUUUUGGAGAACCUGACAUGGCGCUACACAGUACCAUGUGUCUUAGACUUGAAGAUGGGAACUCGCCAACAUGGGGAUGAUGCAUCAGAGGAGAAGAAAGCCCAUCACAUGCGGAAGUGUCAACAGAGCACAUCUGCCUCUAUUGGAGUGCGACUUUGUGGCAUGCAGGUGUACCAGUCAGACUCGGGCCAGCUAAUGUUUAUGAACAAAUACCAUGGCCGUAAGCUGACUCUUGCAGGCUUCAAGGAGGCGCUCUACCAGUUCUUUCACAACGGGCGUUGCCUACGGCGAGAGCUGCUGUCUCCAGUGCUGCGCAGACUCCGGGAAAUGCAAGCUGCCCUGGAGGCCUGCGAGUCGUACCGCUUCUACUCCAGCUCCCUGCUCAUCAUCUAUGACGGAGACCCUCCCAGGACUCCUACUAGACCUAGACACCGUGGUGGGGAAGAAGGCGAUGAGGAUGAGCCAUCUGAUGAAGAAGACGAGGAAGAGGAAGGGGCCUUUGGUUUCCCUCGUUCCUCCUCAGCCGGUGGCAGUGCUAGCGUGGCUGGAGGGAGCAGCAACAGUGGCAGCAGUCGCUCCCCCCACAGCCCAGGAGAGGCCAGCAGCCCCGUGGUGGACGUGCGCAUGAUUGACUUUGCUCACACCACCUGUCGGCACUACGGAGAGGACAGUGUGGUGCAUGAAGGCCAGGACAGUGGUUUCAUUUUUGGACUCCAGAACCUGAUUACCAUCAUUUCCCAGGUGGAGGAUCACAGUACUGACUGGGAGGACUGGAGCCAACAUGAUCUAAAUUUCAAGCAUGGGAAGAGCUCAUGAGCUGAAACUCUGCUACUCUAAGGUGCAUCGUCCUUAUGCCUACAUGGGGGUCUGACCCUCCUCUGCUUGGAGGGAACCUCAGACACCUCGGGGUCAGGGGAGAGUCUGUGGUGAUUCCUCCGCUCUCCCUCACCUGCCACAGGACAGGGCUGUAUGUGCCCUUACUUGCACUUUUGUCUUUCUGGGACUGCUCCUUUUCUUUGUUAUAUAUGGUAGGAGAAAUGUUGUAUCUCAACAAACUAACCCUGACUCCUGUAGCAUCCAUUUAGGUCUAGAAGAAGGGAUUUGCCUUUUUUCAACAGUUGCUCUCUCCUCCUUUUUUGCCUAUAAACGAAAGACUUUUUGAAAAGGGUAAUAUUCUAGUUUCGUCACUGUCUCUGUUUUCUUCUGAUUUUCUCCUUCAUUCCUGAAACUUUGUCUAAACAAAGAGAAUAUAUUGAUUUAAAAACACUAGCUACAAAGACUAUAUAAAGACUAUUUAUCUGAAAGGAUUGUUUAAAAAAAAUAAAUGGAAACAGCUACAUUCCAUAUUACCACUAUCUGUUCUGAUACCGACCUUGAUUUAUUUUAUUAUUGCAAGAGCCAAAACGUCUCUUGUAUACCUAUGUGUUAACAGUGUCUUGAAAAAUAAAGGCAUUCAUUUGUGGUAAAAGC